AACAACUCUGUCUGUGGCCGCGGCGCGCUGCUAAAGCCCUGUAAAUCCUGCAGCACCGAGUCAGAGAUCCCCGUGCUUCAUCCGGGGCCGUCCAGAUGGAGGAACUACCUCACCGCCUGUCACCUCAAUCCUCCUCCGGCACAGGAGUAGGACGGCGCAGACAAUGAGUCACUCCUGAUGUACAUUUCACCGUCAGCUUCAGGGACGGCGACUUCAGACGGAUCAGUAGACUGCUGGUUUCGUUGUGGUGUACAGUCUCUUUGCCGUCUCUUCCUCUGCUGAGCAGCAUGACUUGGUUACAUUUUCUUAGCAUCUCCAUCACUGUGUGGUUGACCCUUCUGUUCGCCUUCACAAUUGUGCCGGCUGUACUCGGAGUGUCUAUUGGUAUUCGCAGACUCUACUUGAGGACACUUCUCAAGAUAUUUGAGUGGGCAACGUUACGGAUGGAGAUGGAAGCAAAGGAAAAGAAUCAGCAACUCUAUAAACCUUAUAGCAGUGGAAUCAUAGUCAAAGAACCACCAUUGUCUCUGCAGCAGGGGAUCCAGGAGCUCCGGGGUUCUGCCAGCUGUCUGCACUCAGAGCCCGAGUUUGAGAUCGCUGACAUCUUCUACUUCUGCCGCAGAGGUGUGGAGAGCAUCGUGGAUGACGAGGUGACUAAGCGCUUUUCCGCCCAGGAACUGGAGACCUGGAACUUACUGACUCGAAGCCACUACAACUUCCGUCAUAUAAGUCUGAGGCUCACUGUCCUCUGGGGCCUGGGAGUCCUCAUCCGCUACGGUAUCCUGCUGCCACUCAGGGUUACCCUUGCAGCCACUGGCAUUACUCUGAUUAUAGUCCUGACUACACUGGUGGGCUUUUUACCAAGUAGAGAGUUAAGGUUCUUCCUGACUGAGAAGGUUCAUGUGAUGUGUUACCGCAUCUGUGUCAGAUCUCUCACAGCAAUCAUCACCUAUCAUAACAGAGAGAACAAACCAAAGAAUGGCGGUAUCUGUGUGGCCAAUCACACAACACCCAUUGAUGUCAUCAUCUUGGCCAACGAUGGCUGCUACUCCCUGAUCGGCCAGGCUCAUGGAGGGUUGCUGGGAAUGGUCCAGCGAGCCAUGGUCAAGUCCUCUCCUCACAUCUGGUUUGAUAGAUCAGAAGUCAAAGACAGACAUCUAGUGGCAAAAAGGCUCAGUGAUCAUGUUGCUGACAAAACCAAGCAGCCCAUCCUGAUCUUCCCUGAGGGUACUUGCAUCAACAACACAUCAGUGAUGAUGUUCAAAAAGGGCAGCUUUGAAAUUGGCUGCACCGUCUAUCCAGUUGCCAUUAAGUAUGAUCCUCUGUUUGGCGAUGCUUUCUGGAACAGCAGUAAGUUCGGCAUGGUGAAUUAUCUGCUGAGGAUGAUGAGCAGCUGGGCCAUCGUCUGCAGUGUUUGGUACCUGCCGCCAAUGAACAGAGAGCCUGUUCUAUUUCAUUGCCUGUGUGUAGGAAGGGGAGGAUGCAGUGCAGUUUGCCAACAGAGUAAAAGCAGCCAUAGCUGCACAAGGAGGAUUAGUGGAUCUCAUCUGGGAUGGAGGGCUGAAACGAGCAAAAGUGAAAGAUGCCUUUAAGGAAGAGCAGCAGAAACUUUACAGUAAAGUUCUUGUAGGUGAGCAGGAACAGGGGGACAACAAAAGUACAGAGGAGGGAAAUCCAGAGGAGGAUAAAAGCUGUCAUGGUUCAGCAAAUGGACAAUGAUGACACAGUGAAUGUGCAGCGUUUACAUCUCACGCAACGACAGCUAAUGUAACGAUGAAUGUGAAUCUUUAUAAAUAGGAAGUUGAUAAUUACUGUAACUAUGUCAUUUGCAUUUUAUGUUUUGAUAUUUAUGUUUUUGUACUGUAAAAUCUACAUUUAUUAACAUUGUAUAAUGUGAAAUUUGAAAAAAGUUCAAAAUUGGCUAUGCCAUUGUUUGACUGUUGAGUUUGUAAAGAUAAGCAGAUCAUUGGUUUCAUGCCCUGAUUGACUGUCAUUCAGAUUUUUAAAUUCCUCUUUAAAAAAGUAGGUUCUCGUGUGACAUAACUGCCAUAUUAUGUAAAUGUGCCACACUGAGGCUAUAUGAGAGGUAGAAUUUUAAUCAUUUAUUUAAAGGAGACACGUUAUGCUCAUUUUCAGGUCCAUAAUUUUAUUUUGGGUUUCUAAUAGAAUAUUUUAAUAUGCUUUAAUGCUCAAAAACACAUCAGUUUCCUCAUACUGUCCAGAGCUGCAGCUCUGUAUACCCCCUCUGUCUGAAACGCUGUUUUAACUCCUGUCUCUUUAAGGCUUCGAGCUUCUGUUAAUGCAGACUUUUACCUUUUUACACAUGCACAAGAACCUAUAUGUAAAACACUGAAGGAAAGGGGAAAAAAACGGCAUAAUUGGUCCUCUUUGAAAUAUUUUAUCGGUCGAUUGGAACAAAUGGUUUAACUCAAAGGCAAGAAGAGUCUCUAGAGGGCAGAAUGAUUUUUGUUUCCUUAGCUGCAAAAAUGUCUGAUCCUCGUGGCUGAAAGUGUUGUUUUUGUUUUUUCUUCAGACACAAUCAUGGAAGAAUGCAGCCAUGCUUUUGAUUGCAACUGAAUGUUUCAAUGUAGAACUGAAAUUGUGACAACCUUAAUCGUCUGAAAACAAACUUCAUAGACCAAAUGAACAUUUUCUCUACAAAAGUCCUACUGUGACCUUUUUUUGUCUGCCUCUUCUUUAUUGCCAUGUGAGCCUGUUGUAUGUCUGAUUAAAAAUGUUUUUCAAAAAA